GGCCCGUUGUUGCUCCUCUGUCCUGUUCCUGCGCACGGAUCCCGUCACAAAUCCACGCCGACGGCUUCGCGGCGUCCAGGUCCCUCCGCACGCGUCUUCCACACCCAACAACGGCACCAUAUGAUGCACAGACGACCGAGAACGCCGGGUAAUGUUGCAAUAGCAGAAUAGCAGCAGCAAGAGAGAGAGACAGAGUUGAUGUUGCGCCUUGCCUGGCCUGGCGAGGAGGAGCUUGCCCAAGACGACGACAUUUACGUCAAUAGAGGAGGGGGAGGGGGAGGAGGAGGCUGGGAUGCCCAAUUGCGACGGUGGGGGUGGAGGAUGGCAGAAGAAGAAUGUGGGGCCUUGGGGUGAGGACGACCAGAAGGGCGGGGGUGGAUGUAGGCGGGGACGGCAAAAUGGAGGUGACCAAGGUGCUCUUCUGCGGCGGAUUAGCGGUGGUGGUCGCGUACGGGAUUUACUCUUGCACCUGCAGGUUGCGGCAUCGACAGCUCCGCAGCUACCACGAGCCCGCGUGUGACAACCACUCCCCCACUGUGCAGAGACCCAAGGAUUUGCUGCAGCCUCUUUUAGAAGGUAGCGACGCUGCUGUGGGUCUGGGGCACACUUGGAGAGGUUCUAGAGGAUCGAAUCCAGUCCCUGAUUUAGAGAGAGGCUUAGAGACUGCUGUGACUGUCGAGAGUGAUUAUUUGAAUGAUCCAGAACGUAGUGUUCGGAAGGAGGUGCCAACUGCAGGCGAGGUUCCUAAAGCUCGAGCUGCUUCUUCAAAUUUAGGUCUCCCAUAUUAUAAAAUUCAGUUGGAGGUUGUAGCUGGACCUGUAGCUGGCCUUCGUGCAGAGAAACAGGUUGUCGGUUCAAACGCUGUGUUGACUAUUGGUCGCAUGCCACAGAAUGACUUGGUGCUCAACGAUCCCGAGGUUUCUGGGAAGCAUAUCGUCAUUAGCUGGAAUGCAAAGUUGUCGAAAUGGGAGCUAGUAGACAUGGGCAGUUUGAAUGGGACCCUUGUCAACAGCAGGCCAGCAAGUGUUUCUCAUAAAGCCAACUCAAUUGUACGGCAACGUGGGCGUCCAACACCCCUUUCUAACGGGGAUACCAUUACUCUUGGUUCAUCAUCAAAUGUACUUGUGCGAAUUUCGGCAUCUCACCUGUCCAUAGCCUCGGCACCCUUUGAGGUUGGAGUGGCGUCAGAUCCCAUGUCUCAUCGCCGUGGUGGGAGGCCAUUGCCUAUGGAAGAUGUGUGCCUUUGUGAAUGGCCCUUGAGAGAUACACACGAGAUUCCUUUUGGGAUUUUCUGCGUGUUUGAUGGACAUGGUGGGUCUGCUGCUGCUGAAACUGCGAGCAGAUUAAUGCCACAAAAGAUGGCCGAACUUCUUGCAGUAGAGGAAACCCGAAAGGGAGUGCUCACUAACAAUGAAGCCUCGAGUGUGCUUCGAACUGCCUUUCGGAAUGUUGAAGAAGCACUGGAUUUUCCUUAUGAGGGCUGUACGGCAACGGUACUCCUCAUGUGGCCAGAUGCCACCUCUGGGUUUGUAGCUCAGUGCGCCAAUGUUGGUGACUCUCAUUGCAUUGUUAGCAAUGGUGAUCAGCAGCUUCUUAUGACAGAAGACCAUAGGGUGACUUGUAAAGAAGAAAGGUUACGAUUAUUAGAGAGUGGCAAGCAGUUGAAAGAAGGCGAGAAUCGUCUGGCUGGGAUGAAUAUUGCCCGUGCACUUGGAGAUAAGUUUUUAAAAGAAGAAGAAAGUGCUUUCUCUGCAGAGCCUUUCAUCAGUAAUGUUUUCAGGCUUAGUGGAGAUGGCUUGGGUCUGGUAGUGAUGGCGAGUGAUGGACUGUGGGACGUUUUGAGUCCGCGGCGAGCCCUGCAAUUGGCUGCUGAGACUCGUGAUCGAAUUGCCGAGGGUGGUGUUAAGAGUUCUCACUCUAGUGCACAAGGAAUUGCAAAGUUGCUUGUGGACCAAGCUCGGGAGAAGCGAACAAAGGACAACACCAGUGUCAUCAUACUUGACUUUGCCUCCAAGAGCAAAUCCUCCUUUCAUACCCUUUGAUACGUGGAUGCACAGAAUAAGUACUUGUGUUGGAGGUGUUCACAUUCAACGUAGGGGAGUUCCUAAGGACAUCAUUGGAAAUAGAAACUUGAUGACGCCUGGAACUCCCUACACCUUGUUCGCGGGUUAUUUUGAAUAGAAUCGCUGGAAAUCUGGUCAAUCACCUGAGUGAAAGUUCCGGAGUCAGCAGUUCGUGUUAUCACCCUCUUGUGUCGUACCCACUAGACAAAAAUGGAUGUGGCUCCACUCCACCUCGGGUCUGAUAAGGAUCUCUGUAGGUGCAGCAGAAUUAGCCACCCCAGACAGCUUCGUUUAGGUUGUAGAAUUUACCAGUACAGUGUACGAUAGAGUUGAACAGUGCGUUGUUUUUGUGGAUUGCUCCCUGGAUAACAUAAGCAGGGGAGUAGAAUGUGGAGGACCUUUGUGGUGGUGUUUCUUUGUCAAAAAUGGCAUGGAUGGGUCUCUCUUUCAAAUUUAUUUAUGAGUUCAGGUUCCGCUCGGUUUCAUUUACAUUUUUCA